AUGAGACAACCUUAUUCCUUCUACGCACUCUCCGCCUUCUUCGCUUUAAUAACCGCUGCUCCUAGUGCCCCGCAAUGGAGCUUCAAUCUCAAAGAAUCAACCAGUGGAAUAGUCGCCCUCGAAUCUAUUGUCGUCUCCCCCACCCUCGCCAUCUUCUUUGACCGCGCUUCAGAUGACCCUUUGCAAAUCAACAAUCACUCUGCAUGGGGUGUCCUCUGGAAUCUCGAAACCAGUACUGCAACGGCCCUUGACGUGUUCUCAAAUUCCUUCUGUGCUAGCGGUGCACUUUUGAGCAAUGGAACCAUGGUUAGCGUCGGAGGAGACCCUCGUGGCUUCAGAGGAAACCCUGUCAUCCAACCCGGGAAUCAAGCUCUUCGUAUCUUCGAACCCUGCGCCUCUCCCACAGGCGAGGGUUGUACCCUUUUUGAGAAUCCAGAUACACACCAUCUCCUUGAAAAGCGAUGGUAUCCCUCUUCCAUCCGUAUUUUCGACGGAAGUCUUUUGAUUGUCGGAGGAACGCACGUCAAUGCGGCGUUUUACAACAUAGACCCAGCGAACACGUUUGAAUUCUUCCCCGCAAAAGAGUCUACUCCACGGCCGUCUGCUUUCCUUGAACGAAGUCUUCCAUCAAAUCUGUUCCCUCGGAUAUUCGCUCUCCCCGAUGGUCGCGUAUUCAUGGUCGCCAAUAAUCAGUCCAUCAUCUAUGAUAUUGAAGCCAAUACCGAAACGAUCCUGCCCGACAUUCCCAAUAACGUGCGAGUUACCAACCCCAUCGACGGAUCAGCCAUCCUCCUCCCUCUCUCCCCACCCGACUAUAUUCCGGAAGUUCUCGUCUGUGGAGGAACCGCAACGGACACACUCGACCCCUUGCUUCUUUCCUCUCAAACUCCCGCGUCAUCCCAAUGUAGUAGGAUUAAACUUACCGAAGAAGGAAUUAAGGCUGGAUGGCAGGUAGAACACAUGCUGGAGGGACGCACUAUGCCGGAACUCGUUCAUCUACCCAACGGACAAAUCGUCAUCGCUAAUGGUGGCGGCUCUGGUUUCGCUGCCAUCGCCACAGUCCCUGACCCCAUAGGGAAUUCCAAUGCCGACCACCCCGUAUUGACGCCCUCGCUGUACACCCCCGACCUCCCUCUUGGCCGCCGAAUCAGUAACAAGGGUAUGCCUACUACGAACAUUGCUCGUUUGUAUCACUCCAGCAUCACCCUAACCCCUCAGGGCAACUUCCUGGUUGCUGGAAAUAACCCAAAUGUCAACAUCAAUACAACAGUGGAGUUCGCCAGUGAGUUUAGAGUCGAGACCUUGGACCCUCCGUUCAUGUUCGUGGAGAGGCCCAAAUUGUUGAGUGUGCCGAAGAAGUUAAGAUUCGGGCAGAGGGUUAGCGUUCCUAUCUCCAUCCCGCGGUCGUUGAGAGCGAGCAAUAUCAAAGUCUCCCUCAUGGACCUUGGAUUUUCGACCCACGCCUUCCAUUCCAGCGCUCGACUAGUGUUCAUGGAUGCUACUAUCUCGCCGGGUAGGAACCUGCUGACAUUCACAACGCCCCCGAAUGGCAGAGUAUAUCCCCCCGGACCAGCGACGGUAUUCUUGACUGUGGACGAUGUCACCAGCGAGGGUGCAUGGGUUAUGGUGGGUAGCGGGGCACCGCCGCCAACUUUGGAGUGA